AUGUCUGAUUUUGCCGAAUUUGUACCCCCUCCUGAGUGCCCAGUUUUUGAGCCGAGUUGGGAAGAUUUUUCGGAUCCACUAGGAUUUAUAAACAAGAUUCGACCUAUUGCAGAGAGAACUGGCAUCUGCAAAAUUCGACCGCCCGAGGUAACCUCACUGUCUCUGCUUUUGGAAUAUAACACAUUGCUUCCAUUUUAAGAUUUACGGCUGCAUUGGUUUGUGCCCUUGUCAUCUAUUUAUGUUAUUUUCGGCCUAGCCCGACGCACAUUUUUAGUUGGGCAACGACAUUUUACUCUUUGAAUUUUUCACUUGUGGAGGUCAAAUAUUAGUCAAAUUUCUUGUCUGUUUCUCAUUUUAUUUUAACAAUGAUUUUGGAUGUUUAUAUUUAGCCAAACUGUUAAAGUAAAGUCGUCAUUUAAAACAGCGGCCUCUAUUCAGGACUCGCGUCUGUGACUCUUUGUUUUCUUUUUUGGUGUUUCCUGGACAGAUCGGAACUGUUACAUUCGGGAUAUCAAGUAAACGUUACACGAAUUAGAUGAGGUCUAGAUACAUUUUUGAACGAUUCACAAUUUGAUAUAUCAACUCCUAGGUGCUUUUCAUUUGAUGUCCUAGAUGUCCAAGUCUUUUCUACAUCAUGACUACAAUAUUAACAAUAUGCAUGUAUUUAGCUGUAAAGAGUAAUAUAUGUUUUGUAUGGUUUGGGAUAGGCCUACAGUAGCAGGAAGUGAAAUUAGAACCUUAAAGCACUACGUUUCAUGUUUUUCAUAUUUGGCCUUGUGCAAAUCAAAUGUAUGUCUAUUGGCCUUUUUGUAUUUUUCUCUUUUAUUCCCUUUUCCCACACAGAACCUUUGAGUGAAUAGGCUAACCCUCUUAUAUUUGCCGCACUUAAACUUGACAGUUGCUUCUGGGAGGUUUUCUUUGAUGCACUGUGCCCCAAUAUUAUUUGUCUUUUGGGGAUAAAUCUGUGCCCAUUUUGAAGCAAUUAGACUACAGGGGCUUAAAUUAUGAUUUGUGUCAUAUCCAGUAUUCAGUUAACAUUUUAGAUAUUAUUAUACUUUUUUUUUUACAUCCAAUUUCCAGGGCUGAUGCUUUCCCAAUCUGUAUCAACACAUCCUUAUAUUAUUUAUGUGAAAAGGGGAUUUGAAUACUGUUAUGUAAUGUUUAUGUUGUCAAGUAUUUUCUAGUUUUUUGUUGUUGCUUUUACUUCCUCAUUACUUCAUCAUAUAAAAAUAUGAACCAAAGUUGUUCAUUUGGUUUCCAUUGUUCUCUUCUCUGUCUUUUAGGACUGGACACCUCCUUUUGCCUGCGACGUACGCAACUUCCGCUUCACUCCCAGAGUCCAGAGACUCAAUGAAUUGGAGGCAAGUAUACUGUACCUAGUUACGACACUGUGAAGGCUAUGUUGGAAAUACAGUUAGGUAGCCUGGAUGUAGUCAUUAUAAGGUAUAGGCCUAAAUAGAGGUAUUGCCUAAGUAAGUUGUCAAAUAGGCUAGUUAUUCAGCUGAGUUUGUUGUCAGUCAUUCACUGAUGUAUGUUAUUUAAACAUAUGUUAUUAUGUAUUCUAUGAAUAAACAUGUUUUUUGUGAGUAGGUAGCCCAAACGUUGGUGUGGCUGGACAGUGCAGACCUUAUGUGCAUUGACUGCAGCUGUCGUCACAUUUUGGGGGCAGCACUCUUGUAUACAAUGACUGAGUUAACAGACCACUGGCCUGAAUGGGUGGUAGGCCUACUUUAGGAAGGGUUUUUAGGGUCAGAAAAGUUGUAGCCUAGCCUACCUUAAGAGUUGAAAGGAUAUCAGUCACUGGCAUGUGUAGGCUAUGUCUUUACUUGGAUUUCUCCUAGGCUACACCACUCAAAGACACCUCUUUAUACUCCUGUUUAGAGUUGAGCAUGCCAGAUUUUUCACUUGAAUUGACUUUCAUGUGUUUGUGUACCCUUCCCUCACCUCUCCCAUUGCUUUCAGGCCCUCACUCGAGUCAAGCUCAACUUCCUGGAUCAGAUUGCCAAGUUCUGGGAGCUGCAGGGGUCCAGGCUGCGCUUCCCUCAUGUGGAGAGGAAGAUCCUCGAUCUUUACCAGCUCAGCAAGGUAAGACCGGCGUCAGACCAUUCACCUGAACAGUAUACUGUGUUUAGAAACAUGCAGGGUGGUGUGUUUGUGUAAGUAUGCUAUAAUGUAUUUAUAACUGAGGAGUAAGUAGUGUUUGUUUUGGAUUUUGUUUUAGGACAACAAUAAUAAUAAUAAUAUGCCAUUUAGCAGACGCUUUUAUCCAAAGCGACUUACAGUCGUGCGUGCAUACAUUUUUGUGUAUGGGUGGUCCCGGGGAUCGAUCCCACUACCUUGGUGUUACAAGCGCCGUGCUCUACCAGCUGAGCUACAGAGGACAAAGAGGUGCUAAGUGCUGGUGUACAUCUCCUUAGUAUUCUGAAAAUAUGCAUUUUGUGUAUGAGUCAACCACAACCAUCUUACUAAAAAACAUUGUAUUUCAGAUUGUCUCCUCUGAGGGAGGCUUUGAGACAGUGUGUAAGGAGAAGAGAUGGUCCAAGGUGGCCAGCAGGUUGAGUUUCCCCCCAGGGAAAGGUACGGGCUCUCUGCUGCGGUCCCACUUUGAGAGGAUCCUCUACCCCUACGAGCUCUUCCAGUCUGGAGCCACGCUCACUGUAAGUGCUAUUGGUCGACACAUGCACACAAUAACAUGUAGGCUAGAUGUCUGUGGAGUGUGAGAAAUGUUUUUGUGAUGUCAAUAGAGGUAUUGAAUUGCAUCAGCCCUCUUUCGACAAGUGUUAGGUGUGGAUCAUCAAAUCAAAUUUUAUUUGCCACAUGCGCCGAAUACAACAGGUGUAGACAUUACUGUGAAAUGCUUACUUACAGCCCUUAACCAACAAUGCAUUUAUUUUGUAAUAAAAAUGUAAAAUAAAACAACAACAAAAAAGUGUUGAGGAAAAAACGAGCAGAAGUAAAAUAAAAUAACAGUAGGGAGGCUAUAUACAGGGGGGUACCGGUGCAGAGUCAAUGUGCGGGGGCACCGGCUAGUUGAGGUAAUAUGUACAUGUGGGUAGAGUUAAAGUGACUAUGCAUAAAUAAUUAACAGAGUAGCAGCAGCGUAAAAAGAUGGGGUGGGGUUGGGGGGGCAGUGCAAAUAGUCCGGGUAGCCAUGAUUAGCUGUUCAGGAGUCUUAUGGCUUGGGGGUAGAAGCUGUUGAGAAGCCUUUUGGACCUAGACUUGGCGCUCCGGUACCACUUGCCGUGCGGUAGCAGAGAGAACAGUCUAUGACUAGGGUGGCUGGAGUCUUUGACAAUUUUGAGGGCCUUCCUCUGACACCGCCUGGUAUAGAGGUCCUGGAUGGCAGGAAGCUUGGCCCCAGUGAUGUACUGGGCUGUACGCACUACCCUCUGUAGUGCCUUGCGGUUGGAGGCAGAGCAGUUGCCGUACCAGACGGUGAUGCAACCAGUCAGGAUGCUAUCGAUGGUGCAGCUGUAGAAACUUUUGAGGAUCUGAGGACCCAUGCCAAAUAUUUUCAGUCUCCUGAUGGGGAAUAGGCUUUGUCGUGCCCUCUUCACGACUGUCUUGGUGUGUUUGGACCAUGAUAGUUCGUUGGUGAUGUGGACACCAAGGAACUUGAAGCUCUCAACCUGUUCCACUACAGCCCCGUCGAUGAGAACGGGGGCGUGCUCAGUUCUCUUUUUUUUCCCUGUAGUCCACAAUCAUCUCCUUUGUCUUGGUCACGUUGAGGGAGAGGUUGUUAUCCUGGCCCCACACGGCCAAGUCUCUGACCUCCUCCCUAUAGGCUGUGUCGUUGUUGUUGGUGAUCAGGCCUACUACUGUUGUGUCGUCGGCAAACUUAAUGAUGUUGUUGGAGUCGUGUCUGGCCAUGCAGUCAUGGGUGAACAGGGAGUACAGGAGGGGACUGAGCACGCACCCCUGAGGGGCCCCCGUGUUGAGGAUCAGCGUGUCAGAGGUGUUGUUACCUACCCUUACCACCUGGGGGCGGCUUGUCAGGAAGUCCAGGAUCCAGUUGCAGAGGGAGGUGUUUAGUCCCAGGAUCCUUAGCUUAGUGAUGAGCUUUGAGGGCACAAUGGUGUUGAACGCUGAGCUGUAGUCAAUGAAUAGCAUUCUCACGUAGGUGUUCCUCUUGUCCAGGUGGGAAAGGGCAGUGUGGAGUGCAAUAGAGAUUGCAUCAUCUGUGGAUAUGUUGGGGUGGUAUGCAAAUUGGAGUGGGUCUAGCGUUUCUGGGAUAAUUGUGUUGAUGUGAGCCAUGACCAGCCUUUCAAAGCACUUCAUGGCUACAGACGUCAGUGCUACGGGUCGGUAGUCAUUUAGGCAGGUUCUUAGUGUCCUUGGGCACAGGGACUAUGGUGGUCUGCUUGAUACAUGUUGGUAUUACAGACUCAGUCAGGGACAUGUUGAAAAUGUCGGUGAAGACACUUGCCAGUUGGUCAGCACAUGCUCGGAGUACACAUCCUGGUAAUCCGUCUGGCCCUGCGGCCUUGUGAAUGUUGACCUGCUUAAAAGUCUUACUCACAUCGGCUACGGAGAGUGUGAUCAUAAAGUCAUCCGGAACAGCUGGUGCUCUCAUGCAUGCUUCAGUGUUGCUUGCUUCGAAGCGAGCAUAUAAGUGGUUUAGCUCGUCUGGUAGGCUUGUGUCACUGGGCAGCUCGCGGCUGUGCUUCCCUUUGUAGUCUGUAAUAGUUUUCAAGCCCUGCCACAUCUGACGAGCGUCAGAGCCGGUGUAGUACGAUUCAAUCUUAGUCCUGUAUUGACUCUUUGCCUGUUUGAUGGUUCGUCGGAGGGCAUAGCAGGAUUUCUUAUAAGCGUCCGGGUUAGAGUCCCGCUCCUUGAAUGCGGCAGCUCUACCCUUUAGCUCAGUGCGGAUGUUGCCUGUAAUCCAUUGCUUCUGGUUGGGGUAUGUACGUACGGUCACUGUGGGGACGACGUCAUCGAUGCACUUAUUGAUGAAGCCAGUGACUGAUGUGGUGUACUCCUCAAUGCUAUCUGAAGAAUCCCGGAACAUGUUCCAGUCUGUGCUAGCAAAACAGUCCUAUAGCUUAGCAUCUGCGUCAUCUGACCACUUUUUUAUUAACCGAGUCACUGGUGCUUCCUGCUUUAGUUUUUGCUUAUAAGCAGGAAUCAGGAGGAUAGAGUUAUGGUCAGAUUUGCCAAAUGGAGGGUGAGGGAGAGCUUUGUAUGCGUCUCUGUGUGUGGAGUAAAGGUGGUCUAGAGUUUUUUUUUCUCCUCUGGUUGCACAUUUAACAUGCUGGUAGAAAUGAGGUAGAACAGAUUUAAGUUUCCCUGCAUUAAAGUCCCCGGCCACUAGGAGCGCUGCCUCUGGAUGAGCAUUAUCCUGUUUAGUUAUGGCCUUAUACAGCUCAUUGAGUGCAAUCUUAAUGCCAGCAUUGGUUUGUGGUGGUAAAUAGACAGCAAUGAAAAAUAUAGAUGAAAACUCUCUUGGUAAAUAGUGUGGUCUACAGCUUAUCAUAAACUCUACCUCAGGCGAGCAAAACCUUGAGACUUCCUUAGUAUUUGAUUUUGUUCGCCAGCUGUUGUUUACAAAUAUACACAGACCGCCACCCCUUGUCUUACCGGAGUCAGUCGUUCUAUCCUGCCGAUGUAGCGUAUAGCCCGCUAGCUGUAUGUUGUCCAUGUCGUCGUUCAGCCACGACUCGGUGAAACAUAAGAUAUUACAGAUUUUAAUGUCCUGUUGGUAGGAUAACCGUAAUCUUAGGUCAACUAAUUUAUUUUCAAAUGAUUGAAGAUUGGCUAAUAGGAUUGAUGGAAGAGGCAGUUUACUUGCUUGCCGUGGGAUCCUUACAAGGCACCCCGACCUACGUCCACGAUAUCUCCGUCUCUUUCUCCUGCGAAUGACAGAGAUUUGGGCUUGUCGGGUGUCUGUAGGAUAUCCUUCGCGUCCGAUUCGUUGAAGAAAAAUUAUUUGUCCAAUACGAGGUGGGUAAUCGCUGUCCUGAUAUCCAGAAGCUCUUUUUGGUUAUAAGAGACGAUGGCAGAAACAUUAUGUACAGAAUAAAUUACAAAUAAUGCGAAAAAACACACAUAAUAGUACAAUUGGUUAGAGGGCUGUAAAAUAGUAGCCAUCUUCUCCGGCGCCAUCAUUGGUUUGUGCUGUGUAUUCACACUUUUACAUUCUUACAACUCAUGUCAAUACCCUGUCAUGUGGUUCUUUCCUUUUGUGCUUUGCCAUGCUACAGUCACAUUUAUAACAAUGUUCUGUACAGAAGAGGCUGGUGGGAAGAGCUAUAAGAGGACGGGCUCAUUGUAAUGGCUGGAAUAGAAUCAAUCCAGCCAUUACAAUGAGCCCGUCCUCCUAUAGCUCCUCCCACCAGCCUCUUCUGGUUCUGUAUCACAACAUGUAAGGGAUAAUCAACGAGGGGCUAUGCGUUCUAUGGAAAAUAAUGAACGACGUGGACGGUGUGUUCCACAACGUGCUAGUGGAAUGGAACUACCCUUCCACGGAGUUGCAUUAUUUUCCAGAGAACGCAUAGAGCCUUGAGUUGAUUAUAACCCUUUCAUACCAUGGCUAUAUUUUAACAGAUUUGCUGCUAGAAAUGUGUUCAACAUCCACUGAAGUGGAAAGCAAGUUUACUAGAUAGCUACAGUAGUUGCCUUGGUAACCAAACAGACUUGCUAGUUUAGCUAACCAAACCAUCAGGCCUAUCUUGCUAUUAGGAAAAUCUAAUUCAACAAUGCCAAUGUUUUUAAUUAGAAUUUUGCUUUCAAAAGCAGCUCAAACAUAGAUCACGUAAGAAUGGUCCUCUGUAGCUCAGCUGGUAGAGCACGGCGCUUGUAACGCCAAGGUAGUGGGUUCGAUCCCCGGGACCACCCAUACACAAAAAAAAUGUAUGCACGCAUGACUGUAAGUCGCUUUGGAUAAAAGCGUCUGCUAAAUGGCAUAUUAUAUUAUAAUGAACUAUAGCCAUUGAAUUAUACUGUGCAUUCUAGGGAAAUAAUACACGCUCUAGAAUGCCCUUCAAGCCAAUCAGAAACUAGAAUUCAACAAUGCCAUGGUAUAAAUGUUACUACUCCCUGCUCUAUUCAACCACUCUCCAAUAAUCUAGCAACCAACACCUUACAUCUGCUACAGUAACACCUCCCAUACCACCACCUUGUUGUGAAGUGGGUAUGUAGGUGUUCUCCUGCCUCUGUUGCUGACUUUUAACUCUGCUCCCUACCCUCUCUUCCCCUCAGGGUAUCCACCGCCUGUACGAGGAGGGAGAUGACGGAGAGGAGCAGGACGAAGGCAUGGGGGAAGAAGGAGGGGAAGAGGAGGAGGAUGAAGAGGACCGAGAGAGGGACAGCCUGAGUGACGGGACUCCGAACAAGGACUGCCCGCUCCCUGAGCGACGCUCCCGCCGCCUGAAGACCGAGGUCGGUGAUGAGGUGAUCACCGGAGACUGUUUUAAAAUUGUAUUUGAUCACUUUCAUUUUGAUUUCACAUGGUGAUUUACAAAAAAUUAUCUGCAUUUUUACUCCUGUUUUUUGCCUAACUUGUUUGGGGACUUAAUGCACUGGAAAUGCAAUUGAUGGAUGGAGAUACAUUCUCAAUAGCCAGAGAACCUUAGCCUUGCGUGUGCUGUGUCUGCCCAAAGUGCCCAUAACAUCAACAGAGAUCUGCUCGUCACCCUGAGUCAUGGGGUCGCAUGGUUACUGUAAUAGCAUUAUCUUUACCUCUUGUGUAAUUCAGCACAGCCUAUUUCUUAUCACGAGUUCUGUAGGACGUUAGGUUGGCGGUUGUAGUUUUUAUAUGCUGCUAACUGAGAUACUGUACCCAAUACUGAUCUAAUGUAUGGAUAUGCCUAGAGGUCAGUGUUUCCGUUAGGAAAAUGUGGCGCCGGACAUUUGACCAGCAGCAUUUUAAUUCGACUGACAUUUGAGAAAUUUACCGGACCCAUAUAUAUUGGGUGCGUAACCUGAUUAGGGUGUUCACCCACGGUGCUCAGAAUGACAGAAAUCACAUUUGGAUUAUGGUACUUCAUAUUAAUAGAACACGAUAGUCGAGGAUGCAACGAUGUGCGGUCCUUCUUACCGAAUUUUGAUUUGCACUUUGAAGAUGUAUAACUGUCCACGUUUACUUUUCCUCAGCCAACAAGACGAGUAACGAAUAGCGAAAUUACUAGCCUAUGUCAAUCUGCUAUCCCCCAUAGUAGAAAAGUUUAACUAUUCUAUUGGUCAGCUUGUCGAGAAAGAAAUAGCCUAUUCCAAACUGACUGGGACAGUUGUGGGACGAUAGGCUACAUAAAAAAACUUUAAAAAGCAGUUAGGUCAGAAAAGUUAGCUUAAAAUGUUGAUAAACUAUUAUUUCUUCACAUUACGAACAAUUAUUUCUUCACAUUAUAAGCGCACAAGGCAGUAGGCUAUGCGCGAAUGUUUGUUAUAAUGCAAUUUGCGGGAAAACACAGCUGUCAAAAUUUAGAAAUUGGGGAGAUCUAAUAUGCAACAACUAGCUUGGGAUGCUAAUAUGACUACGAUUGUGCCGUUGGCUACUGGAAAAUGAAAGAAAGUUGAUAUAAAAUAAUUGCCUUCAUGGAUAUGAUCAGAUUUUGGCUAGGCUACAUUUACAUUUUACAUUUAAGUCAUUUAGCAGACGCUCUUGUCCAGAGCGACUUACAAAUUGGUGCAUUCAACUUAGGAUAGCCAGUGGGACAACCACAUCUUGAUCACAGUAAGUACACUUAUUCAAACAAGCAGCUGUGAGAAAGGUCAGUGCAAUCAGAGACAACUACAUCUCGAUCACAAUAAGUACAUUUCUUUAAACAAGUCAGUGCUAGCAGGUGAAAUAAGUCAGGUGUUAGUUUAGACAAAAGACAGUGGUAGUAAAGGGGUAGAAGGAUUACUAUUAUACUAUUCCAGGUAUUCCUUAGAGGUAGGGUUUCAAGUGUCUCUGGAAGGUGGUCAGUGACUCCGCUGUCGUGGGGGAGCUUGUUCCACCAUUGGGGUGCCUGAGCAGCAAAUAGCUUUGACUGGGCUGAGCGGGAACUGUGCUAUUCUCCCUUAAAAUCUGCCGGCGGCAGUUUUAUUUAUCGGCUUAAAAAAAACAAAAUCCGCCAGAAGCCGUCUAUUACCGGUUAAUAGAAACCCUGCUAGAGGUAGUCCAGAGUUAACUUACUGUAUAGUACACUACUUUUGACCAGGGCCUGCAUAGUGUUCUGGUCAAAAGUAGUGCACUAUAUAGGGGAAAAGGGUGACAUUUUGUACUCAUCCCAGGAAUGUUCCCUGAUGUUGUGUUGUAUUAUGUUUUUGUCUCCUCUCCUUCUAGCGGGAAAACAAAGAGCCCAAGACCCUGCAGAUCUUUGGCAGUGGUCCCAAGGUGGUUGGGUUAGAGAUUGUACCGGCUGGUAAGGAACUUCGCAAGUAUUUAUUUAACUUCACUUACUUAGAGCAGAUGCAGAGCAGAUGCUGCAACGACAAGUGGUCCUCUGUAGCUCUGCUGGUAGAGCACGGCGCUUGUAACGCCAGGGUAGUGGGUUCGAUCCCCGGGACCACUCAUACACAAAAAAAAAUGUAUGCACGCAUGACUGUAAGUCGCUUUGGAUAAAAGUGUCUGCUAAAUGGCAUAUUAUAUUAUAAGUAAAUUUUCGUGAUGUUAAGAGACUUUCAGUGUAAACAACUAAAACCAGAUAUAAAGUAUGUAGGAAAGAUAAUGGCCCUAUACAGUGCAUUCGGAAAGUAUUCAGACCCAUUCACUUUUUCCACAUUUCGUUACCUUCCAGCCUUACUCUAAAAUGGAUGAAAUAAAAUAAAUAAAAAUCCUCAUCAAUCUACAAACAAUACCCCAUAAUGACAAAGCGAAAACAGGUUUUUAGACAUUUUUGCUAAUUUGUUAAAAGUUAAAAACAGAUACAUUUACACUUUAGUCAUUUAGCAGACGCUCUUAUCCAGAGCGACUUACAGUUAGUGAGUGCAUACAUUUUUCAUACUGGCCCCCUGUGGGAAUCGAACCCACAACCCUGGCGUUGCAAGUGCCAUGCUCUACCAACUGAGCUACAUGGGGCCCAAGAUACCUUAUUUACAUAAGAACUAUGCGGCGGAGGCAGCAGCGGAGUGAGGAUACGAGGAAACAGUCAAUUAAGGCAAGGGCUAAGAAAAUUGAGGUGAGAGGAAACCCCAACUUAAUUAGGCUUAUAAUCAAUAGCCCAACUGUUAAACGUGCCUUGCUUUAUAAAUAAUCCAUAUAUAUCUACAGAAAUAAGACAGAUCCUGCUUCUGUUGCCUGUUUGAGUGUUUGUUUAAUAGCCUACUGAUUCUGUGAGCACCAAGCCUCACGCAACCGCAAAAUGUUGGAUAAAGCAAUUUCACAAAUUCGGCAGUUUUUAAUCUUUGUUAUGCUGUAAUAAAGGUGUUACAAUUUUUAAAGUUAAAACAGACUCUCUGGUAUUACUUAAUUUAUUGAGUGUUUACAGUGUUCCAAACGGGCAGAACAAUUAUAUUGCAAUCUAACAGCACCUGUUUGGCACGCAAUACUCACGCAGCGCUUUGCCUAUACCCUCCUUUUUCUUGAUAUCCAGUAGUUUCCACAACUAAUUCAAAUGUCUUCCACACACCUGACUUCCCCUUUCCCUCCUGAGCAACCAGUAAACAUUCCCCAUUUCGAGUUUAUUUUUCACGUCCUCCGCAUCCAUUUUACUGUCACGUGUCACGGUGUUGGGAGUUUAUAACCAAUUUCUUGAUGUGAAUAUGAUAGGCUAUAGGUCAGGCCCUAUUGGUCACGUGGAUGCAAUGCAUAAAUUUUUCACGUAAAGAGAGCAAGGGUUGAUGGAAUUGGGAGGGAAUGGUUUUCCUAAACAAUUUAGGUAACACAACUUUUCAGUCAGAGAAAGAAGUAAGAAAUGAAAUGGCUGUACUUAUGUUGCAGCUUCAGCACGGACAGCACGAUGAACACUUGCUGUGCUGUAGUGCCUGCUCACUGCAGCAGGGAGGAGAGAGAAAAUGUGUGCCAGACACACUUUUUUGUAACACAGCGUGGCCAUCGGGCUCCCUCUUGAGUCGUUUGUGUCUUUUUAAUUAUUUCAACAGUGUGCUUAAAGCAUCAGAGAAGCUCAGUGCAUGUGAAUUUCAUUAGAACACAUAGGGUAUGGCUAUACAGAUAAAAAUAAACAUUUAAAAAUGUCUACCAAUUGGUUCGUUGAAAGAACAGACUACUCUCGGUCGACCAAGAUUUUUCUAUUAUAUCUAAUCAUGUUGAAUACAUGGGGCAAUUAUUUACAUCUUGACAUGCAGUAAAAUAUUAGUUUUUUAACAGUUCUACUUUUUCAUCCCUCAUUAUCUUAAUUACUAUGGUACUCCCCUCACUGUGUUCAUUGGCUGCACUAAUUGAACUGUUUGUCUACAUAACCUGGUUCAAGCAUUUAUCAUGUAACCCUGAAAAAGGCACUGUGUGCCGAAACGUUGGUUGCUAUACCCAUUAAAUGUUUUGGAGCAUAAUUACUGUGCAACGUUCUUUAUGUAUUUUCUGGGAAAAUGCAAGUUGUGCAAUGUUAUUUCUCUCAGUCUCAGUAUUGUAGCAAUUCUGUUCUCUUGUGUUACAUGAGAAGACGAUGGGUUCAAUAAGAAGCAGCGUCACCUGAAGGCCCAGGCCUUCGCCAUUAAGAUGCGACCACGCAAAGAAACCCUGGAGGUCAACUUUGUGAGUAUCACCAGUUGACUUCCUCCUCUGUGUCUGUCUAAUAUUCUAUAAUAAUCUCAACUUUGUAAGUAUGAGUUGUUGUUUUCCACUUUUCUUCUCUGUCUGUGUUGUCUUGUUCAACUCACUCACUAGAGUGCAUUGAACAAAUGAACCACUAGUGGACAACAGCUCAAAACAUGUUUUUAGUUUCAUGGACCACUUUUGAAUCAUUUGACUAAUUAUUAUUCUGUAUUUCCUGUUCUAGAUCCCCCAGAUUGACCUGUACAUGUGCCUGAUGUGUGGGCGGGGCGACGAGGAAGACCGCCUCCUGCUGUGUGACGGCUGUGAUGACAGCUAUCACACCUUCUGUCUGAUUCCGCCUCUACAGGAUGUCCCCAAGGGGGACUGGCGAUGCCCCAAGUGUGUCGCUGAGGUAUGGAACUCUGAUGACCCUGCCACUACCCAAUCCGAAGCUGAUUCCUCACUUGAGAAACACACGACAGCUAACUUGAAUUUUCAUGCCAAUCAUGCAUUUAUUCUAUAUCAAUGGAAGAUUUUUGCAGAAAUUGUGAGUUAUAAUAAUUUAUUUAUUGUGUCCCUUUCGGAAAAUGUAUCUUGCAUCUCAAACAGCACAACAUCACCUCAUAUAGUUCAUAAAUACGUACAACAAUGUAAAUCACAAGGAGUAUUAUAACAAGAAAAAACACGUGGACAUACAGUUCGCACCUGCCUACCACGUGUUAUAAUUUUGCCUCCGUAUGAAUAGGUUAUAGUGUUUGUCAAGCUGUGAUGAUAUGGAAGUGUAUGACUGAUAUACAUAAAUCAUGUUGAGAAGGACUAUGGGAUAGGAUGAUGUUUUCUCACUGGAUGUCUCCCUACAGGAGUGCAGUAAGCCGCGGGAGGCAUUUGGCUUUGAGCAAGCCGUGAGGGAGUACACCCUCCAGAGCUUUGGAGAGAUGGCUGACCACUUCAAGUCAGACUACUUCAACAUGCCCGUGCACGUACGUAUCAAAAUCAAACGGUCACCUUGAGUUAUAGGCAAGAAUCUAAAGAAAACUAUACUUUUGGAAUGCAUAUGUUCAGGUUAGGUCUGUAUCUCAAAAUCAAGUCAGAUGCAGUCAACUCACUUUCUUUGGGUGAUAUUUUCAUCAUUCAUGCUGUUUGAAGUUGAACACCUACCCUUUCUCUCCCACUAAUGCCCAAUCACAUCUAAACAAUGCAUGUGUGUGUAUUCUCCUUUCGCUGCACCCCCAGAUGGUGCCGACAGAGCUGGUGGAGAAGGAGUUCUGGCGUCUGGUGAGCUCCAUCGAGGAGGAUGUCAUUGUGGAGUACGGAGCUGACAUCAGCUCUAAGGAGGUGGGCAGCGGCUUCCCCAUCAGGGAUGGCAAGAGACGGCUCCUGGGAGACGAAGAGGUAACUAUGUCCCAGUUGCUGCAUAGUUACGAAGGACCCAGGCUCUUUCUCGAUAGUCUUUCGCCACCUUUUCAAAACGCAUUGGAGGACAAGAUCCGUUGUUCCUACAUUCGAACCUUCUCCGCUAAUGCCUUUUAUGGAGUAGAGAGAGGACACAAUGAAUCGUGGAAAGAUUAAUUGAGAAAGAGCCCCAGUAUGAAAUCCACACCCUUAACGGCUUGCGUUUAUGUUACUUAUGACCAAUAAGUAACUUCCAUCACCUCGGUCUUGUUCUUCUGUAGGAGUAUGCCAACUCAGGCUGGAACCUGAACAACAUGCCAGUCCUGGAGCAGUCGGUCCUUACCCACAUAAACGUGGAUAUUUCUGGCAUGAAGGUUCCCUGGCUCUAUGUGGGCAUGUGCUUCUCCUCCUUCUGCUGGCACAUCGAGGACCACUGGAGCUACUCCAUCAACUUCCUGCACUGGUAAAGUAACAAACAUAAAUGCCUUGUCCUAAAUCAACCUCUUGCCCAAAUAUUUAGUAAUACUGUAUAUUUUAGUCCAAAGGACAGAAAUAUAUUGUCUUUCUAACACAGUCCUCAGUGGGAAGAGACAGACAAAUGCACGUACAAAACAAUGUAAACCGUAUGCAAUGGGUCGUAGAGACAAUUGUACUCCCCAUCUUCAUUCGUCUGACUGGUUAACCUUCUCUCUCUGCCUGUCUCUCCAGGGGGGAGCCGAAGACGUGGUAUGGUGUCCCAGCCCACGCGGCAGAGCAGCUGGAGUCAGUGAUGAAGAAGCUGGCCCCAGAGUUGUUUGACUCUCAGCCUGACCUGCUGCACCAGCUUGUCACCAUCAUGAAUCCCAACGUCCUAAUGGAGCACGGCGUGCCCGUAUGUAUCAAGUGUUUCAGAGUAGGAGUGCUAAUCUAGGAACAGUUUUGCCUGUUGGAUCACAAUUCAUGCGUUUUAUAUGGACAGAAGGAGAUCUGAUCCUAGAUCGGAACUCCGACUCUUGAGACGCUUGAUACGUACGGCCCCUGGCCCCUUUUACGAGACCAAGUCUGCUUUGUGUACUUUACUGGUGUGUGUUUGUGCCACUCAGGUUUUCCGGACCAACCAGUGUGCAGGGGAGUUUGUGGUGACCUUUCCCAGAGCCUACCACAGUGGCUUCAAUCAGGGAUACAACUUUGCUGAGGCUGUCAACUUCUGUACCGCAGACUGGGUGAGACAAGUGUUUGUGUGUAAACAAAUAUUAACAGAAUGUUGAAUUGGAAUUUUGAAUGUUGGGAGUAGGUUUGGGCGGUAUCAAGAUUAUCAUUCCUUCAUACCGACCUUGUGCUGUACCGGGAUAUUUGGAAAUACCGGCACUGUUUUCAAACCCAACUGAUACUCUGUAAUCCGAAGGUUAGCAAUGCUAACAAGUACAUGUACAAUCCCAUAGUGAAUGCUAACUAAAUGCUAACGAGCAUUUAGGUCUCUGACCUAAAUAAGUAACUCAAAAAUGCUACUUACAGUUUGCUGCAUGCACAAAACAAAUAUUAUACAGCAAGGCUUUUGAUCCAGGAGGGGAUUCUCUGCUGUUACCAAGUGAAUGCUUGAUUUUGGAAGAAGCUAACCACUUAGCUAACCAGCUACUAAAUGACCAAACCAAAUGUCAGAGCAUUUAGCACAUUUUAGACAGUUAACUUAGUUCUAAGAUAUCUAGCUGGCAAACAUUUAGUUGUGAAUUCCAUACUGUAACUAGAUCACCUGGCGCAUGCUGCACAACAGUGAGUGACUCACAAGGCUGCGGUCUCGUAGUUCUGUGCUUGUAAACAAACACAAUGUGACUGGGGACUAACGUUAAGCUUCAUAAUGAAAAAUUAUUUGACGGGUGAAAUGUAAGAAUGCAAUCUUUAUCUCCUAACGUAUUGCACAAGUUGACUGCAGGUAUUUACUUCAGUAGCUACAAAUUGAUAAAAAAAACAUCAAAGAAAUAGUUUCAACGCUAUUGACGGUAUUGGAAAACCAUCCCGUGGCUAUUUCCAAAUAAUCCAGGAAUUCCGCCCAAGCCUAGUUGGGAGCUUAAAAUAAUUUCGGUAAGUCAAAUAUUUUAUACCCUUCUUACUGUCCGCAUUGCUGUCUUGGUGAAUCAAUCAUCUUAGAUAUUCCCCUUCCAAUGCUCUUUUUGCUUCCCCUUGAUGUUUUGAGGAGGCGAGGAGAAAAGAUCCAAGGAAUCGAUUAGACUUUAGACAUUCUCUCUCUCUCUCUCUGUCUGUGUCUCUCUCUCUCUGUCUGUGUCUCUCUCUCUCUGUCUGUGUCUCUGUCUCUGUGUGUCCCCGUCCAGCUCCCGAUGGGUCGUCAGUGUGUGGCCCACUACCGUCGCCUCCACCGCUACUGUGUCUUCUCCCACGAGGAGCUGCUGUGCAAGAUGGCUGCCGACCCCGAGAGCCUGGACGUGGAGCUGGCUGCUGCAGUCUUCAGAGAGAUGGGAGAUAUGAUGGAGGAAGAGACACGGCUCAGACAGGCCGUGCAGGAGAUGGUGAGGGACAGGGCCCAGGGGGAUUUCCAUAUAAACAACUUUUUGCCACUUUAGGAAAACUUUACAGGAGGGCCAGGAUAGAGGGUGAAGUAAUGCAAGAGGGCAGGUAUACAAGAUGGCGUACUGAAUACACAGCGGUAAUGGAGAGCGAUACAAAAAAACUAAAAGGGACAGUCACUAGGAUGGAAACGGACCUUAAGGAACUUAAAAAGGAGAACAACUUUCUGAGAGAAGCCUUACUAGACAUACAAACUAGAUCAAUGAGAGAAAAUCUAGUACUUACGGGUAUCCAGGAAAAAUAGGGAGAGAUUACAGAAAAAAUUGUGAAGGGCUUCUUUCUUACAGCACUUAAAAUUCCACUCGAGGCUGUCAAAAUCCAACUCGAACGUGUACACCGUUUUGGACAAAGAGGACAGAGAUAUGAGCGUCCAAUCGUUGCCAAAUGUGCUUUUUUUAAGGAUAAAGUAAUGGUUAAAAGCCUAGGUAAAAGACUUGCCAACCCUAUGUGUUCACAAAAUAAUCAAAGGUCUGACUGCACGGAAAUGCUUGGGAAAAAUGGUUACAACGGGGGACCAGAGUGUUUGUGUCUCAAGUGAAGAGGGUGGAUCUGAUCUCCAUCACCUAGGACUUGACAUAGAUUCAAUAGAUUAAUCAAAUCUCACAUUGUUGUCAAUUUUUUGCUCAAUCUUGCAUGCUUUCUCAAACAACUGUAACUGUAUAUGCAUUCGUAAAUCAGGACCUUUCUUGAGUUGGGCUCUGGGAUGUAACAACUGUUGAGCAUCUGAUUUUAUGGUUGAUUGUGGAGGAAAGGGGUUGAGUGUGUUAGAGUAUGUGCCUGUGUUUAUCCCACAUAUGUUGCAAGGGGGUAAGGAUGUUAGGGAGAAUAUAGGAUGAACCACAAUAAUUGUUUGCUAAAAUAAUAAUUGCUUGACAAAAAUGUAAUGUAAUACAAUGGCAAUCUGGGUUAUAGGUUAAAAUCCUAUGCAUUACCUGCUGAAAUUAUUACGCAUAUUAAUUGAUAAUGAUGGAAAAUAAGAUAUGCAAGAUAUUUGAAUAAAAAAAUAGCUACAUUUGAAUUUUAAAUAGCUACACACAGUGGGGAGAACAAGUAUUUGAUACACUGCUGAUUUUGCAGGUUUUCCUACUUACAAAGCAUGUAGAGGUCUGUCAUUUUUAUCAUAGGUACACUUCAACUGUGAGAGACGGAAUCUAAAACAAAAAUCCAGAAAAUCACAUUGUAUGCUUUUUAAGUAAUUAAUUUGCAUUUUAUUGCAUGACAUAAGUAUUUGAUACAUCAGAAAAGCAGAACUUAAUAUUUGGUACAGAAACCUUUGUUUGCAAUUACAGAGAUCAUACGUUUCCUGUAGGUCUUGACCAGGUUUGCACACACUGCAGCAGGGAUUUUGGCCCACUCCUCCAUACAGACCUUCUCCAGAUCCUUCAGGUUUCGGGGCUGUCGCUGGGCAAUACAGACUUUGAGCUCCCUCCAAAGAUUUUCUAUUGGGUUCAGGUCUGGAGACUGGCUAGGCUACUCCAGGACCUUGAGAUGCUCCUUACGGAGCCACUCCUUAGUUGCCCUGGCUGUGUGUUUCGGGUCGUUGUCAUGCUGGAAGACCCAGCCACGACCCAUCUUUCAAUGCUCUUACUGAGGGAAGGAGGUUGUUGGCCAAGAUCUCGUGAUACAUAGCCCCAUCCAUCCUCCACUCAAUACGGUGCAGUCGUCCUGUCCCCUUUGCAGAAAAGCAUCCCCAAAGAAUGAUGUUUCCACCUCCAUGCUUCACGGUUGGGAUGGUGUUCUUGGGGUUGUACUCAUCCUUCUUCUUCCUCCAAACACGGCGAGUGGAGUUUAGACCAAAAAGUUCAAUUUCUGUCUCUUCAGACCACAUGACCAUCUCCCAUUCCUCCUCUGGAUCAUCCAGAUGGUCAUUGGCAAACUUCAGACGGGCCUGGACAUGCGCUGGCUUGAGCAGGGGGACCUUGCGUGCGCUGCAGGAUUUGAAUCCAUGCCGGCGUAGUGUGUUACUAAUGGUUUUCUUUGAGACUGUGGUCCCAGCUCUCUUCAGGUCAUUGACCAGGUCCUGCUGUGUAGUUCUGGGCUGAUCCCUCACCUUUCCCAUGAUCUGCUAAAUGACUAAAAUGUAAAAUGUAUCAUUGAUUCCCCACAAGGUGAGAUCUUGCAUGGAGCCCCAGACCGAGGGUGAUUGACCGUCAUCUUGAACUUCUUCCAUUUUCUAAUAAUUGCGCCAACAGUUGUUGCCUUCUCACCAAGCUGCUUGCAUAUUGUCCUGUAGCCCAUCACAGCCUUGUGCAGGUCUACAAUUUUAUCCAUGAUGUCCUUACACAGCUCUCUGGUCUUGGCCAUUGUGGAGAGGUUAGAGUCUGUUUAAUUGAGUGUGUGGACAGGUGUCUUUUAUACAGGUAACGAGUUCAAACAGGUGCAGUUAAUACAGGUAAUGAGUGGAGAACAGGAGGGCUUCUUAAAGAAAAACUAACAGGUCUGUGAGAGCCGGAAUUCUUACUGGUUGGUAGGUGAUCAAAUACUUAUGUCAUGCAAUAAAAUGCAAAUUAAUUACUUAAAAAUGUGAUUUCUGGAUUUGUUUUAGAUUCCGUCUCUCACAGUUGAAGUGUACCUAUGAUAAAUAUUACAGACCUCUACAUGCUUUGUAAGUAGGAAGACCUGCAAAAUCGGCAGUGUAUCAAAUACUUCUUCUCCCCACUGUAUAUAUAUUGAGGUGAGAGCAUUGGAAAUGAACUGCUUCUGUUUUGUGGGUGGCACUGUGUGCUGUUUUCAAUGGAUGGGUUAAGGCCUCUCGGGGCCCUAGGGAUCCGGAGGGACGGGGGUGGUAUGCCGAUCACUGGGAUGACGGCCCAACUUGGGAUGGGGAGGGGGCUUUAGCGGGGGAAUUAGUGGAGAACAAUUGGAGGGUUACUUAGUAGAAAUGCAAAUAUAAUGGUACAGCUAUAUGGACACUCAAUCACUAUGGUAUUUUUUAUUGGUAAAUUUACAAAUAUAUAUAUAUAUAUAUAUAUAUUGAUAAAUAGAUUUGAAACUUGUAUCUCAUUAUGGUAUAUGGUGAAAUAAGUAUAGCCAGUUAUAAAAAAAGAAUGGGGGGGGGGGAGAAAUAUACUUCUCCCAUGGGCAAAGAAACUCAAUAGGGGUGAUGAUAUUAAUUAACAGUAAUUGCAAAUUGUCCAAACAGAUACGCAAGGUAGAUGGAUUAUUUUAAAUAUGUUAUUGGACCAUAAACAGAUAUGGCUCAUUAACCUUUACGGAGCAAAUAAUGAUGAUCCACACUUCUUUGACUAUAUAUAUAUAUAUAUAAUAAAUGAUCAACCCUGCAAGCAAUUCAAGACUAUAUUAUUAUGGUGGGAGAUUAUAAUACUGUUUUAAAUAGCUCAAUGGACCGUAAAGGAAAGCGCACUACAAACAAUCACCCACAUGCUCUUAAGGAAAUCGUGAAUGUCAUGGAUACAUUAGAACUAGUCGAUAUAUGGAGGCUUAAAUAUCCGGAUCUAGUGAGAUAUUCAUGGCGGAGACUCAAUCAAGCUAGUCGUCUUGACUUCUUUCUUAUGUCAUUCUCGUUGGCACCAAAAGUUUUAAAAGUGUUGAUAGGGGACAGAAUGCGGUUGGACCAUCAUAUAAUUGGCAUAUACAUUACUCUUACUGAAUUUCCACGUGGGCGAGGAUAUUGGAAAUGUAAUCAAAGCCUAUUGGAUGAUAACUUGUUUUUAACUAGGACAGAGGAAUUUAUAACUGAUUUUUUCCGACCAUAACAUAGGUACAGCAAAUCCCCUUAUUGUAUGGGACUCCUUUAAAUGUGCCUUUUAGAGGCCAAGCAAUUCAGUACUCAUCUCGAAAACAAAAGCAAUUUAUGUCAAGAGUCCAUACUAACAAAGGAAAUAGAAGGUCUAACAGAACAGAUGGAUAGCAAUAAAAACUAACAUAGAGGCUCAGAAUAAAUUAGAGAAAUUUUAAAAUAAAUGGAGAAACUUAUUCAAGAAUGAUCAAGUGUAAUAUAUUAUUAAAAUAAAGCAAACUGGAUGGAAUAUGGGGAAAAAUGCACCAAAUUAUUUUUAAAAACUUCAACAUAGGAAUGCUACCAAAAAAUAAUUUACUGAAACAGGUUACAAAUGAUGGAGUCACCCAUGAUUCACCAAAUUAUAUUUUGAAGGAGGAAACAAAGUACUUUAAGCAUAUGUUUUCGUUUCGGUCGCCUCCAUCUCCACUAACUGAAGCUAAUUGUAGAGAUUUUUUUCUUCUAUUGAUAAUGUAAAAUUAACAGCCAUACAGAAAGACUCGCGAAAUGUCAGAGGUACUUCUGGAUGCAAUUAAAGACUUUAAGUCCGGGAAAACUCUAGGGUUGGAUGGCAUACCAGUCGAGGUAUACCAAACCUUUUUUGAAAUACUCAGAGGACCGUUAUUAGCAUGUUUUAACCACUCCUAUGUAAAUGGUAGAUUAUCAGACACUCAAGAAGGUCUGAUUUUCAUUAUUACUGAAACAGGAUACAAGUGGAAAAUAUAAAGAUUCAGUCCAUUAAAAAAAUUGGAGGCCCCUUACACUUCAGUGUUGUGAUGCAAAAUGUAUAGCGCAUAGAAUUAAAAAGGUAUUGUCGGACAUUAUUUAUUCUAAUCAGACAGGUUUUUUACAUGGACGAUACAUUGGAGAUAAUAUAAGGCAAGUACUGCAAACAAUAGAACACUAUGAAAAAAUCUGGAAAACCAGGCCUGUUAUUCAUAGCAGACUUUGAAAUGGCAUUUGAUAAAGUACGACUGGGGUUUAUAUAUAAAUGCCUGGAGCAUUUCAAUUUUGGAGAAUCUCUUAUGAAAUGGGUUAAAAUCAUGUAUAGUAACCCUAGGUGUAAAAUAGUAAAUAAUGGCUAUUUCUCAGAAAGUUUUAAACUGUCAAUAGGAGUGAAACAAGGUUGUCUACUAUCGGCAUAUCUAUUUAUUAUGGCCAUCGAGAUGUUAGCUAUUAAAAUCAGAUCCAACAAUAAUAUCAAGGGAUUAGAAAUCCAGGGCUUAAAAACAAAGGCGUCAUUGUACGCUGAUUCAUGUUUUCUUUUAAAUCCACAACUAGAAUCCCUCCACAGCCUCAUACAUUUUCUAACCUCUCUGGAUUACAAUCAAAUUAUGAUAAGUGUACUAUAUUACGUAUAGGAUUUCUAAAAAAUUAAAAUGUUACAUUACCAUGUAGUUUACCAAUAAAAUGGUCUGAUGGUGAUGUGGAUAUACUCGGAAUACAUAUCCCAAAUGAAAUAAAUGAUCUCACUCCAAUAAAUUUGAAUAGAAAGUUAGCAAAAAUAGAUAAGGUCUUGCUACCAUGGAAAGGUGUAUAUACCUGUCUAUUUGUGGAAAAAUCACCCUGAUAACUCUUUAGUAUUAUCCCAGUUUAUCUAUUUGCUUAUGGUCUUGCCUAUGCCUAGUGAACAGUUAAAAAAAAAAAAAAUUCUAUGAGAAAAAAAUAUUCCAUUUUAUUUGGAACGGCAAGGCAGACAAAAUUAAACGGGCCUAUUUAUAUAAUGAAAAUGAUUAAAUAUUCAAUUAUUAAAUAUCACUAAAAGCUUCAGUCAUACAAAAGUUAUACAUAAAUCCGAACUGGUUCUCUAGCAAAUUAGUAAGAUUGUCUCACCCAAUGUUCAAGAAUGGCCUUUUUCCCUUUAUUCAGAUUACAACUCUCACUUUCAGUUAUUUGAAAAGGAUAUCAUCUCCCAAAUAUCACUAUUUCUAAAACAAGCCGUAGAAAGUUGGUUGCAAUUUCAAUUUAAUCCUCCAGAAACGACAGAACAAAUAAUGCAACAAAUAUUGUGGUUAAACUCAAAUAUACUAAUUGAUAAAACACUUUUUUUUUUGACAAAAUGUUUUUUAAAAGGUAUAAUCUUCGUAAAUGAUAUCAUCGGUAGGACUGGUGGAGCUAUGUCGCACAUGCAGCUAACAAAAACACAUGGAAAUGUCUGCUCUACCCAAGAUUACAACCAAAUAAUUGCAGCAUUACCGCAAAAAUGGAAGGGGGAAAGUGGAAGGGGGAAAAAGUAAGGAACCUGUCUGUCGGCCUUGCAUUAAAGAACAUAAUUGGUUAAAGAAAAUUGUGAUAAAUAAAAAAGUAUACCAGUUUCAUUUAAGGACCAAAGGAUUGACAGCCGUCCCAUAUAGAUUGCAAAAUAGUUGAAGAGAUUUUUGAUGUACAGAUCCCAUGGCAUAGUGUUUAUGAACUGAUACGCAAAACGACGCCGGAUUCAUAACUUAAAAUUGUUCACUUUAAAUUAUUAUAUACAAUUCUUGCUACCAAUAGAAUGUUAUUUAUAUGGGGUAUACAAUCUUCCCAGCUCUGCAGAUUUUGCUGCGAAGAUAAAUAAUAAUUAGAUAAUUUGUUUUGGGACUGUCCAUUUGUAGCUUGUGUUUGGACACAGGUCCAGGAAUGGCUGAAGGAUUGCAAUAUUUACCUGGAGCUAACCCUGCAGAUAGCAUUACUGGGUGAUCUGAAAAGUCAUAAUCAAUAAUAUAAUACUUUUAGCAAAAAUGUUUAUUUACAAUCUGUAGAAACAAUGAGAAUAGAAAGGUUCAGAACUUUUGUAAAGCAGUACAGUUGAAAAAUAUAUGGCAAAUAGAAAUCCAAUAUGGAUGGUGUUAAGAGAAAGAUGGGUGGUGUUGAAGGAUGGGACUAAUAACAACUAAUAACAACAAGAUAACUAAUGUAAAGCAUACUUUCCAUAAUAAUUAUAGGUUAUAAGUUGAGAGCUUUUGUGAAAGAGCACAGUUAGAAAGAUAUGGCAUAUAGAAGCAAACCGGCUGACAUCAUGAAAAUGAUUGGAGAGGUUGAGGGUAGAGGAAGUUCAGGAGUAAAAACAAACAAAAUAGAAUUAUUGUAAAAUUGACUGUCUAUAAAAUGUAUAUUGUAUGUAUAAGCUGGAAGUAGAGGUCUAAGCAUUGUUGUUCCCUAGUUUACUCCAAUUAGGGAAGGGGUGGUGGGGUUGGAAAGUAAUAAAGGGAAAUAUAUUUUUUAAAAGGAUAUAUAAUUUGCGAGAAAUCAACAUAUUGUGGAUUGGAAGUGAUGCAGACAUUUACAUUGAUGGAAGUUACAAUCUUAUCUGCAAUAUUAAAGCUGAUCUACCCCCUAAAAAAAAAUAGAGGGGUUUACUUGGGAAUACAUUAUGAUGAUGCAUUAUCAAACAAUAUGUUGACAUCACAUGAUCCCAGAGAUAUGUUUCAAAUUAUUUCCUAUCACACCAAAAGUGAAUCACUGAUGUAAUUUCACAUUCGUUCUCCCAGUCUAGUUGAAGUGGAUCGUUUUCUGAUUGCGAUUUCCCUCCGUGUCUGCAGGGUGUGCUGUCCUCUGAGCAGGAGGUGUUUGAGCUGGUCCCUGAUGACGAGCGGCAGUGUCAGAAGUGUAAGACCACCUGUUUCCUUUCAGCUCUGACUUGUCCCUGCAGCCCAGAGCGCCUAGUCUGUCUGCACCACGCCAAGGAGCUCUGUGACUGUCCCCUGGGAAACAAGUGUCUACGGUAAGGAGUACAGCUGGGUGAUAUGGACAGCAAUCCAUAUGGAACGAUAAGUUCAUAACAAUGUGCAUCAGUUUUAUUAUCUUUAUAUUUAUCCUUUAAACUACUACUAGUUUAAUGGUUGUAGCUAUCAAUUGUCCUAUUAACCAUCACCCAUAUUAACACAUUUAUUUCAUUUCCAACUUCACAUAUAUCUAGUAUAGGCUACUUAUCGUAAUGAACGAUGAUUGUUAUGGUCAGUUACAAGUGUCUCCGGUGAGAAGGAAUGGAUGAAUGAAGUAGAGGAGUUAUGAACUCUGUACUGCUCAGAAGCCCCCAUAAGAGCCCACUGAUGAAUGAUAGUUGUUUUACCUGUGAAUGCAUCAGUGAGAACUUGGAUGUAGUUUCACUGACCCAGAGUAAAUCAAAUCUCCAUUGAAAGUUGCUUUAAUCUGGGUCAAUUUAACCCCGCAUAGCAAUCAAUAUUACCGUAUUUUACGCACUAUAAGGCGCACUUAAAAGCCUUUAAUUUUCUCCAAAAAUGACUGUGCGCCUUAUAAUCCGGAACGCCUUAUAUAUGGAUCAAUUGGUUAAUUGGUUGAUCCAUACUGGUUGUACACGGUGCUCAAGGCGCUCUGUCAAAAUGUUUCAGUAUGAAAAACCAGUAAAAACUAUUUAAUAAUAAUGAAAUGUUUCACUACGACUUUGAUAUUCCCGUGAACCGCACUGUGGCGAAAACGGGGACCAGUACGGUGUCUGUACGCACCACAGGGAAUGAGAAGUCAUCCUUCACUGUAGUUCUCGCCUGCCAGGCUAAUGGCCAGAAACUUCCACCCAUGGUUAUUUUCAAGAGGAAGACCUUGCCAAAAGAAAACUUUCCAGCCGGCGUCGUCAUCAAAGCUAGCCCGAAGGGAUGGAUGGAUGAGGAAAAGAUGAGUGAGUGGCUGAGAGAAAUUUACGUCAAGAGACCGGGUGGCUUUUUCCACACAGCUCCGUCCCUAUUGAUCUACGACUCCAUGCGCGCCCAUAUCACCGAUGCUGUCAAAAAAACAAGUGAAGCAAACUAAUUCGGAGCUUGCCGUCAUUCCGGGUGGAUUAACUAAAGAACUCCAGCCACUAGAUAUUGGUGUCAACAUGGCGUUCAAAGCUAGACUGCGAGCUGCGUGGGAGCAGUGGAUGACAGAAGGCGAGCACAUGUUCACCAAGACGGGGAGACAGCGCCGGGCGACUUACGCCACUAUCUGCCAAUGGAUCGUGGAUGCCUGGGCUGAUAUAUCAGUCUCAACUGUGGUCCAAGCUUUCACGAAGGCAGGAAUAAUCUCUGAACUGCCAGGCAACAGCAGCGACACUGACUCGGAUAAUGACGAGAGGGAGCCGGGCAGGUUGGAUGCCGUAGUCGCCCAACUGUUCAAUUCGGACACUGAAGAAGAAGAAUUCGAGGGAUUCGUGGACGGGGAAUGAACUGAAAAAGUGAGCUUUACGUGUUAUACGUAACUGAACAAUAUUGAGUUAUACACUAACGUUUGAUUUAGUGGUAUCAGACUGUUUCUUUUACUACGUGUUUACUGAAUCAGGGAAAAGUUCCCCUCCACGUUUGGGAGAAGAGUGAGCAAGGCUGGGAGAUAUUGUUAAUAUGCACAUUAACGUUUGAACAACGUUACCAUGGGAGUGAACGGAGUUGUCAGAACGCUUAAUAAAAUUUGACUUUAUCUGACUGUUUUGUUGACAUUCCCUUUAGCACAGCUCCAUCUAGUGGAUGCAUAACGCAACCCCAGUCAAACGUUUGACUGCAGUAUCUUCUAUUCUAUGCGCCUUAUAAUCCGGUGCGCCCUAUAUAUGAAAACAGUUCUAAAAUAGGCCAUUCAUUGAAGGUGUGCCUUAUAAUCCGGUGCGCCUUAUAGUGCGGAAAAUACGGUAAAUAGAUGCUGACACUCCUGUCUCUUUGUAUUCCAGCUACCGGUAUGAUCUGGAGGAGUUUCCCUCCAUGCUGUAUGGGGUGAAGUCCAGAGCCCAGUCCUAUGACACCUGGGCCAAGCGGGUCACUGAGGCCUUGGCUGCUGACCACAAGAACAAGAAAGGUAGGAGGACUAUCUGUACUGUAAUGGCAGAAAUACUCUGCACAAUAUUAGAACAAUUGUACUACGAUUCCCCUUGCCUCAUGUGUCUCUCUCUCCUCUAUUCUUCUAUCUUUCUCUCCUGUCUGUCUGUGUCUAUAUCCCUCUCCCUUUGUCAGACCUGAUAGAGUUGAAGGUUCUUCUGGAGGAUGCAGAGGACAGGAAGUACCCAGAGAACAGUCUGUUCCGUCGGCUCAGAGAGAUGGUGAAGGAGGCCGAAACCUGCUCCUCUGUGGCCCAGCUACUGCUCAGCCGCAAGCAGAGACACAGGUCAGUAGAGUACACACACACACACACACACACACACACACACUGCUAUGUCACACUAAAGUUUUAUGUCCCUGUUCUCUUCCCUUCUCCCAAAUUGUGCACUUACACACUCUACACCAAGGAAUUAAAAGCAUUGGAUUGGUGCAAGCGUUCUCCUUCAUUGUUUUUACACCGUUGCAUCUGUGAGGGAGAGUGUGCUAGUGCACACUUUGGGAGAAGGGUAGCAAAUCGGGACAUAACCUAAAGCACCAUUUAACAUUUAUCCCCCUACCUGUGAGUAAUAAAUCAACUCAAUGUAUUUCUCUCUGUAUUCCAGUACCAGGCAGCGUCCAGAGAGCAGCAGGACUCGUAACAAGCUGACAGUGGAGGAGCUGAAAGUCUUCGUAGAGCAGCUGUUCAAACUGCCCUGUGUCAUCGGACAGGCUCGACAGGUCAAAGUAAGUCCCAACCUAAUACAGUCACUGGCCAUUCUAAACAGAUGUACAGUAAAUCUCCUCCUCUGACAUCCUACUCUAUUUGUAUUACAUCACUGAAGUUGACCUGUCCCCAAACCAGUAUUUAUUGAUUAGUAGUCCUUGAUUGUUAGUAUAUAACACCAUAUCCUUCAUCCCUCUCUCCCUCCCUCUCCAGGAGUUACUAGAGAAUGUGGAGGAUUUCCAUGAGAGAGCCCAGGUAGCCCUGGCUGACGAGCUGCCUGACUCCUCCAAGCUGCAGGCCCUGCUAGACCUGGGUGGAGGUCUGGAUGUGGAACUACCUGAACUGCCCAGGCUCAAACAGGAGCUGCAGCAGGGCCGCUGGCUGGAUGAGGUGAUGACUGAUGAUAUUAUUGUACAUUAGCGUAGUGUUUUACCUCAUAGUUUGUGUGCUUUCUUAAGCAGUCUAAAAGUAUUUAUUCUGGGAGUGGAAAAAUAUUACAUUGAAACGUUUUGUUAUGAUUAGGUGCGUGUGACGCUGGCAGAGCCCCACCGGGUGACCCUGGAGCUGAUGAAGCGGCUGAUAGACUCGGGGGUGGGGCUGGCACCACACCAUGCUGUGGAGAAGGCCAUGGCUGAGUUGCAGGAGAUACUCACUGUGUCAGAAAGAUGGGAGGACAAGGCCCGCGCAUGCCUACAGGCCAGGUAAUGAUGAAGAGACACAUUACACACCUAUAGUACAGUUCUCUCAUCUGCCUACAGGCCAGGUAAAUGAGAAUAUGAUAAUGCAGUUCUUAAGUCACUUGCCUAUAGCUUUGGUGUCAUGCUUGGGUUGUGUUCAAUGGGGUACACCUUCACAAAAAUGUUCAGGUAGUACCUCCUGGUUUCACUCAGUUUCAAAACUUUUCUGAACGUGACCCAAUUCCUGUUUAGCAUAUUGCAUCAAAGGAUGCCUGUAACUGUGAGAUGAAUGUCCCUUAAUCCAUUAUUUAUUGUCUCUCUCCUCCCCCAGGCCUCGGCACGGCAUGCUAACCCUGGAGAGCAUUGUGAUAGAGGCCAGGAACAUCCCGGCCUACCUGCCCAACAUCCUGGCCCUCCGAGAGGCUCUGCACAAGGCCAAGGAGUGGAGCGCCAAGGUGGAUGCCAUUCAGGUAGUGUCGCGUCGCAUGGUAAUUACUGAUGAGUAUAGAUUCAAUUUGUGAUAUAUAUGGAUGUAGCUACAGUAUAGGCAGGCAUCUCUCAAUAUUUGUCUGUGAUGCGCUCGGCUCUGUUUUAUGCGCAAUGGAAUGGCCUGGUCAUUUUUUAGAAGCUUACAUUAGCUAGGUUUCCAUCAAUUUGUCGAAAGAUUUUCAAGCGGGGGCCUCCCGAGUGGCGCAACGGUCUAAGGCACUGCAUCGAAGUGCUUGAGGCAUCACUACAGCCUCGGGUUCAAUCCCAGGCUGUGUCACAGCUGGCCGUGACCGGGAGACCCAUGAGGUGGCACACAAUUGGCCCAGCGUCGUCCGGGUUAGGGGGGGGUUUGGCUGGCCGGGAUUUCCUUGUCGACGUGCCAAGGCAGAAGCUACUCUUCCUGGGGUCCAGCAGAAUUAAGGCAGUUCAUACAAUUUUAAAAACAUUACAAUACAUUCACAGAUUUCACAACACACUGUGUGCCCUCAGGCCCCUACUCCACCACUACCACAUAUCUACAGUACAUAUAGUAAAUCCAUGUGUACGUGUGUGUAUAGUGCGUAUGUUAUCGUGUGUAUGCAUGUGUCUGCGCCUAUGUUUGUGUUGCUUCACAGUCCCCGCUGUUCCAUAAGGUGUUUUUUAAAUCAAAUUUUACUACUUGCAUCAGUUACUUGAUGUGGAAUAGAGUUCCAUAUAGUCAUGGCUCUAGGUAGUACUGUGCGCUUCCCAUAGUCUGUUCUGGACUUGGGUACUGUGAAGAGACCUCUGGUGGCAUGUCUUGUGUGGUAUGCAUGGGUGAUCGAGCUGUGCGCCAGUAGCUCAAACAGACAGCUCAGUGCACCCAACAUGUCAAUACCUCUCAUAAACACAAGUAGUGAUGAAGUCAAUCUCUCCUCCACUUUGAGCCAGGAGAGAUCGACAUGCAUAUUAUUAAUAUUAGCUCUCUGUGUACAUCCAAGGGCAAGCCGUGCUGCCCUGUUCUGAGCCAAUUGCAAUUUUCCUAAGUCCUUUUUUGUGGCACCUGACCAUACGACUAAACAGUAGUCCAGGUGUGACAAAACUAGAGCCUCUAGGACCUGCCUUGUUGAUAGUGCUGUUAAGAAGGUAGAGCUGUGCUUUUAUUAUGGACAUACUUCUCCCCAUCUUAGCUACUGUUGUAUCAAUAUGUUUUGACCAUGAGAGUUUAAAAUCCAGGGUUAUUCCAAGCAGUUUAGUCACCUCAACUUGCUCAAUUUCCACAUUAAUUAUUACAAGAUUUAAUUGAGAUUUAGGGUUUAGUGAAUGAUUUGUCCCAAAUACAAUGCUUUUAGUUUGAUAAAUAUUUAGGACUCUUAUUCCUUGCCACCCACUCUGAAACUAACUGCAACUCUUUGUUAGCUGACAUGUAUAGUGUUGAGUCAUCCGCAUACAUAGACACUCCGGCUUUACUCAAAGCCAGUGGCAUGUCAUUAGUAAAGAUUGAAAGAUGUAAUGGGCCUACACAGCUGCCCUGGGGAAUUCCUGAUUCUACCUGGAUUAUGUUGGAGAGGCUUCCAUUAAAGAACACCGUCUGUGUUCUGUUAGACAGGUAACUGUAUCCACAAUAUAGCAGGUGGAGUAAAACCAUAACACAUACUUUUUCCAGCAGCAGACUAUGAUCAAUAAUGUCAAAAGCCGCACUGAAGUCUAACAAAAUGGGAUGUGCUUUAUGAUGAGAUUAUGGAUAAGAGCGAGAUCAUUUUUAUUUAUUGACAGCCAAGCACCGAUCACCAGCAUAAAAUUAAGACCUUCAAUAUUUAUUGGAGAGAAGCAUCAUACUCAUAAUCACUGUGCACUUUCCCCACCCUGUGAAGUUCAUAAUUUAUUAAAUGUAUUUAAUCUGUAGCCUAAUAAACUGUGCAGUGUGCAUGCUUUUCCAAGUCAUAGUGGGAGGACCACACAACCAUAUUAUCUUGUGUCUACAAGUUUACUGCGACAUGAUGGUUAUACCAUCAACAAAUCCGCAUCAAAGCGUUUCCACUGCAUUUGUCGCAUGAUCUAUUUCACCGACAAAACAAGUAUCCUCUGUCUAGCAUAUUUUGUUCUGUCGACAUUUGGAAAGUUUACAGGUAUAAAUACUUGCAUAUAAAUAGUUGGUUAUUGUUACCAGAUAAGUUUGUAAUUUUUCUUGUCGUCAGAACAUGAAUGAUACAUGUGAAUGGGAAGGUUCAUACUGUGCUAUGCAUUACGUGCUUUAAUUUCUUUUGACAAUGAUGAUUAAUUUCCCUGUAUUGAUCCCCUGUGUGACUCACUCCCUCCAGAGUGGCAGUAACUAUGCAUACCUGGAGCAGCUGGAGAGCCUGCUGGCGAGGGGUCGCUCAAUCCCCGUCCGGCUUGACCCCCUGCCACAGGUCGAAUCGCAGGUGGCCUCGGCCCGCGCCUGGAGGGAGAGGACUGCACGUACCUUCCUCAAGAAGAACUCCACCUACACCCUGCUACAGGUAAGGCAUAAUACCCUGGGUUGGGCUGUACCUAGGCACUGAGAAAUAAUGGAUGAGUAUGUCGCUGAGAAUAGUGGUUUGAAAGAUUUUUUCCAACCAAGCAGCCCUUUUCAGGCUAUGCUGACCCCAGAGUGCAAUAUGAGAUAUUUGCGUAAGCUAUGUAGAAUGGUGCAGAAGUUGGUGGACCACCAUACGCAGAUUGUUGUGAAUUCCAUCUGUCUAAACUGUAGGUAGUUGGGAAUAGGACCAAUAUUAUCAUAGGACUAGUAGUUUGAUAACAUCUGUGCUAAUCUCUAUUCUCUGUGUGUUGUCUCUCUUAGGUCCUUAGUCCGCGUGUGGAUAUUGGUAUCUACGGCAACAGCAAGAGCAAACGCAAACGAGUCAAGGAGCUCCUUGAGAAGGAGAGAGAAGGUCUGGACCUGGAGGGUCUCAGCGACCUGGACGAGAGUUACGAAGACGCCUGCGACCCGGCCACCGUCGUAGCAGCAUUCAAAUCCAAGGAGCAGAAAGAGGUUGAGGCCAUCCACUCCCUCCGAGCCGCCAACCUGGCUAAGAUGGCCAUGGCUGACCGUAUCGAGGAGGUCAAGUUCUGUCUGUGUCGUAAGACUGCCAGCGGGUUUAUGCUGCAGUGUGAACUCUGCAAGGACUGGUUCCACGGAGCCUGCGUGCCGUUACCGAAAACGGGCUCCCAGAAGAAGCUCGUGGGCUCGGCCGGUUGGCAGAGCAACAGCAAGGAGGCCAAGUUCCUGUGCCCGUUGUGCCAGCGGUCGCGUCGGCCGCGUCUGGAGACCAUCCUGUCUCUCCUGGUGUCCCUCCAGAAGCUGCCGGUGCGUCUGCCCGAGGGGGAGGCCCUACAGUGCCUGACGGAGAGGGCCAUGGGCUGGCAGGUAGGGAUGACUUCAAGUUUUCAGAAUCAAUUAUUUGAUGGUUGCUAGGCUUGAUUAAUCAAAGUUUGGUUUAUAAUCUGAGUUUUCCCUGCAAAACAUAAGAAGUAUAUAUAUGUGCAAGGGUGAAAAGCCACGCAUAUGCUGAAUCAAAACAUAAUCUUGUUUAUUUAAAUGCCUAUGUUCGUCAAUGGAAUCGAUUAAUCUAAUUCAUCUCUACUUGCAGGACCGCGCCAGGCAGGCCCUGGCUACAGACGAGCUGUCCUCGGCCCUGGCCAAGCUGUCGGUGCUCAGUCAGAGGAUGGUAGAACAGGCUGCCCGGGAGAAGACAGAGAAGAUCAUCAACGCUGAGCUGCAGAAGGCUGCCGCAAACCCAGACCUGCAGGUAAGAGAUUAAUGCUGCCGUAUGGUACUCAGAGCCAUGUAUAGAGAGAGUUUGGAGGCGCUAACAUGGCGUCCAGUGUAAAAGUUGGCCAUUAUCUCUCUUUAUUGCUCUCAUGAUCAGUCAUUCCUCUAAACAAGAUGCUCAGGGAUAAGGUAGGUCAAGAGACUGAUGUUUUUUUAAUGUCCUCUCCUUCUCUUCCUUCUUGUUUGUUCAGUGCAUUAGAGAGCGAAAAACAGAGAGAUUGGUUCCACAGUAGUGAUAUUACUACUGAUGAGAAGUAACAGAAUGACUGUGGACUUCUGUUCUCUCCGUAGGGUCACAUCCAGACGUUCCAGCAGGCAGGGUUCAGCAGGGCAGCGUCGCCACGCCAGUCUGUCGACUACGAUGACGAGGAGACGGACUCAGACGAGGACAUCAGGGAAACCUAUGGCUACGACAUGAAGGUACUGUGGUGUGGCCUAUGGAGAGUUUUCUCAAACAUCAGUUUUUUUAAAUAUCAAAAAUACCUGUUGAAUCAAUUAAAAUAAAACCAAAAACUACUGUAUAGCUGCUAGUUUUCUAUAGGCAAUGUUUUAGCAGGAGUAACAAAGCCAGUAAAACAUUACUAUUCAAUUUAUCUCAUGCAAAGACACAGCACUUAGCAAAUCCUGCUUUUCUAGCACUGUGUCCUCACCUGCCCCACUUUCUCUCGCUGUCUCUGUGUGUGUGUGUGUCAGGACCCAGGUGAGGUGAAGCCGUACCUGUUUUGUGAUGAGGAGAUCCCUGUCAAGUCAGAGGAAGUAGUCAGUCACAUGUGGCCCACCACACCCUCCUUCUGCGCUGAACACGCCUACUCCUCUGCCUCCAAGUCCUGCCCGCAGAGUAAGACAUGGCAUGUAAUCUAUGGCUACGCAAACUCUGUCUCCCUGUUAUACUUAAAAAUAGUAACUUAUAAAUGUGUCAUCCAUUCAAUGUUCUGGAGUAUUGUUUUAUUUUCCUUAUGUGAAUUGUCUUUGGGACCUUAUUUAGAAACGAGAAUGUCAAGGUACAGAAAGCUAUACAUGUAAAUGUAGGUAUUGAGAAGGUAAAUGUGUGUUUCAUUGGUUGAUUGAUGAAUCCUUCUCUCCCUCUACCCUCCAGACCAGGGCACCCCCAGGAAGCAGCCCAGAAAGACCCCACUGGUGCCCCGCUCCCUGGAGCCCCCUGUGCUGGAGCUGUCCCCCCCGGCCAAGGCCCAGCUGGAGGAGCUGAUGAUGGUGGGGGACCUGCUUGAGGUGUCCCUGGACGAGACCCAGCACAUCUGGAGGAUCCUGGAGGCCACACACCCUCCCUCUGAGGAGAGGUUCCUACAGGUCAUGGAGGUAGGAGAGAGGCACUGGUGUGUAUACACUUAUACUGAACAAAAAUAUAAACGCAACAUGUAAAGUGACAGGUGUGGCAUAUCAAGAAGCUGAUUUAAAAAGCAUGAUCAUUACGCAGGUUUGGACACACCUACUCAUUCAAGGGUUUUGCUGGGGACAAUAAAAGGCCACUCUAAUGUGCAGUUUUGUCACACAACACAAUGCCACAGAUGUCUCAAGUUUUGAGGGAGCGUGCUAUUGGCAUGCUGACUGAAGGACUGUCCACCAGACCUGUUGCCAGAGAAUUUAAAGGUUCUUUACCACAACCACACAACCGAAGAAUUUCUACACAAACUGUCUCAGGGAAGCUCAUCUGCGGGCUCGUCGUCCUCACCAGGGUCUUGACCUGACUGCAGUUCGGCGGCAUAACCGACUUCAGUGGGCAAAUGCUCACCUUCGAUUGCCACUGGCAUGCUGGAGAAGUGUGCUCUUCACGGAUGAAUCCCGGUUUCAACUGUACGGGGCAGAUGGCAGACAGCGUGUAUGGUGUCGUGUGGGCGAGCAGUUUGCUAAUGUCAACAUUGUGAACAGAGUGACCCAUAGUGGCGGUAGGAUUAUGGUAUGAGCAGGCAUAAGCAACGGACAAUGAACACAAUUGCAUUUUAUCGAUGGCAAUUUGAAUGCACAGAGAUACCGUGACAAGAUCCUUAGGCCCAAUGUCGUGCCAUUUAUCCGCCACAUCACCUCAUGUAUCAGCAUGAUAAUGCAUGGCCCCAUGUUGCAAAGAUCUGUACACAAAUCCUGGAAGCUGAAAAUGUCCCAGUUCUUCCAUGGCCUGCAUACUCACCAGACAUGUCACCCAUUGAGCAUGUUUGGAAUGUUCUGGAUCGACGUGUACGACUGCGCUUACAGUUCCCGGCAAUAUCCAGCAACUUUGCACAGCCAUUGAAGAGGAGUGGGACAAAAUUCCACAGGCCACAAUAAACCGCCUGAUCAACACUAUGCGAAGGAGAUGUGUCACGCUGCAAGCAUGAGGCAAAUGGUGGUCACACCAGAUAAUGACUGGUUUUCUGAUCCACGCCCCCUACCUUUAAAAAAUAUAUAUAUCUGUGACCAACAGAUGCAUAUCUAUAUUCCAGUCAUGUGAAAUCCAUAGAUUAGGGCCUAAUGAAUUUAUUUUAAUUGACUGAUUUCCUAAUGAACUGUAACUCAGUAAAAUCUUUGAAAAUGUUGCGUUUUAUAUUUUUGUUUAGUGUAUGUUCUUUUAUUUAACCAGGUUGACCCAUUGAGGUCAAGGUAGACCUGGCCAAGAGGGCAGCGCCAGUAAAGAAAACACAGUCACUGGCUGAAAACACGUAUGUCAGAAUCUGAACUGAACAUGGGUGAUACUAAGGCUGGUUUACUGGAACCUGGUUAAGUUUACUUAAUGGACUUAAUCUCUACUGAAAGUGCUUUUAUUAAUUGAGCAAUUUUGUCCAUCCCUCUUUCCUGUCUUCCCUUCCCAGCAUGACGAUUCUCAGUUUGAGAAGCCGAUGAAGAUCAAGAUGAAGGACUCUGAGAAGAAGAGGAAGAGGAAGCUGGAGAGGGCGGAGCACCAGCUUCUCAUGACAGCCGUCUCCGGGGUCGGAGACAUGAUGCGGUCCCCCAAGUCCUCAAAGGAUCAGAAACGGAGCCUCUUAGACCCGCUGGGGAAACCCAAGAAGAAGAAGCUGAAGCUGAACCCGGAUAAGAACCGUGAACUGAAACAGCUGGCCAAGCGCCUGGCUAAAGCGGAGAAGGAGAGGAAGAGGAAGGAGAAAGCUGUGGUCAAGGCUGAGGCUGUCAGGGAGGGGAUGGAGAAGAGUAAAGAGAAGAAGAUCCUGGAUAUACCGUCGAAAUACGACUGGUCCGGAGCUGAGGACUCCAAUGAUGAAAACGCAGUCUGUGCGUCCAGUAACUGUAUGAGACCCUGCAAGGACAAGGUGAGAGCAACACGAGAAGCAUAUACACAGCUGUGUGUGUGUGUAUUGUCCCAAAUCAACCCCUAUCUCCAGUAUACACUACUUGAUGCACAUUUCAAAAUAACUGGAGGGGUGUAAUGGUCAGAACACCUAGGUGGGGCUAUUAUUGUGUCUAUGGGUACAACCUCAGCCUAGGGAUUCUGUCCUGGUAUUCAAAUGUCCCAUCCAGACCAACUGACUGAGACCAUUCAUUUGCCUGCAGAGGGCAGUGCAUCUUCUGUAGUUGUCGUCAGACCUUGAAUAUAGCCUAAGGAGCAUUUUUGGACAUGGGGCUCAUUUGAGAGAGGAUGUAGCGACUCAAAAUCGAUCUGACAGAUGAUUUAUAGGUGUGAGUGUUUAUUGGUUAACAGGGUGCAGCAGAGGUCAGUGUGUGGCCUGAGAGGGCGUGCCCUAUCAGAAACACAAGUCUGUUUUUGACCCAAGUACAAGUAGAGAUGCAUAGGCAAAAUGUCAAAUUCAGUCAAUGGAAUAGAACCUACUCCUAAGUGUCCUUACCAAGAAGAAGGUCCUAUUUUAAGAAAUUGUAUAAUUCUAUAAAUACACAGAACCAGUCAAAAGUUUGGACACACCUACUCAUUCAAGGGUUUUUCUUUAUUUUUUAGAAUAAUAGUGAAGACAUCAAAACUAUGAAAUAACACAUAUGGAAUCAUGUAGUAACCAAAAAAGUGUUAAACAGAUCAAAAUAUAUUUAUAUUUGAGAGCCACCCUUUGCCUUGAUUACAACUUUGCACACUCUUGGCAUUCUCUCAACCAGCUUCAUGAGGUAGUCACCUGGAAUCCAUUUCAAUUAACAGGUGUGCCUUCUUAAAAGUUAAUUUGUGGAAUUUCUUUCCUUAAUGCGUUUGAGCCAAUCAGUUGUGACAAGGUAGGGGGGGUAUACAGAAGAUAGCCCUAUUUGGUAAAAGACCAAGUCCAAAUUAUGGCAAGAACAGCUCUAAUAAGCAAAGAGAAACGACAGUCCAUCAUUACAUUAAGACAUGAAGGUCAGUCAAUACCGAACAUUUCAAGAACUUUUAAAGUUUCUUCAAGUGCAGUCACAAACACCAUAAAGCGCUAUGAUGAAACUGGCUCUCAUGAGGACCUCCACAGGAAUGGAAGACCCAGAGUUACCUCUGCUGCAGACGAUAAGUUCAUUAGAGUUAACUGCACCUCAGAAAUUGCAGCCCAAAUAAAUGCUUCACAGAGUUCAAGUAACAGACACAUCUCAACAUCAAUUGUUCAGAGGAGACUGUGAAUCAGGACUUCAUGGUCGAAUUGCUGCAAAGAAACCACUACUAAAGGACACCAAUAAUAAGAAGAAACUUGCUUGGGCCAAGAAACACGAGCAGUAGACAUUAGACCGGUGGAAAUUUGUCCUUUGGUGUGGAGUCCAAGUUGGAGAUUUUUGGUUCUGACCGCCGUGUCUUUGUGAGACACUGUGUGGGUGAACGGAUGAUCUCUGCAUGUGUAUUUCCCACUGUGAAGCAUGGAUGAGGAGGAGGUGUUAUGGUGUGGGAGUGCUUUGCUGGUGACACUGUCUGUGAUUUAUUUAGAAUUCAAGACACACUUAACCAGCAUGGCUACCACAUCAUUCUACAGCGAUACGCCAUCCCAUCUGGUUUGGGCUUAGUGGGACUAUCAUUUGUUUUUCAACAGGACAAUGACCCAACACACCUCCAGGCUAUUUUACCAAGAAGGAGAGUGAUGGAGUGCUGCAUCAGAUGACCUGGCCUCCACAAUCAACUGACCUCAACCAAAUUGAGAUGGUUUGGGAUGAGUCGGACCGCAGAAUGAAGGAAAAGCAGCCAACAAGUGCUCAGCAUAUGUGGGAACUCCUUCAAGACGGUUGGAAAAGCAUUCCAGGUGAAUCUGGUUGAGAGAAUACCAACAGUGUGCAAAGCCGUCAUCCCGGCAAAGUGUGUCUAUUUGAAGAAUCUGAAAUAUAAAAUAUAUUUUGAUUUGUUUAACACUUUUUCUUGGUUACUACAUGAUACCAUAUGUGUUAUUUCAUAGUUUUGAUGUCUUCACUAUUAUUAUUAUUAUACAAUGUAGAAAAUAGUAAAAAUAAAGAAAAACCCUUGAAUGAGUAGGUGUUCUAAAACUUUUCACUGGUAGUGUAGUUUGUAUAUAAUUUCUUAAACUAUAUCUAUUACAUUAAGAUCAACAUUUCAUUCUACCGUUCACCCAUAAUUUUGGGAAACACUGACUGUUUUUACAAAUACAUCAUUGGACAUUUAUGCGAAUAAGAUGUUUCAUUUUUAAGUCUUCCACAGCAAUCUCCUCUCUUAGUAUAUCACAAUCACGUUUACAAACUGUCUUACAAAGUUUGAAUACUUUCCUUUAGGAGGUUAAAUGAUAUUAGCUCUAUUCAGAGCAAAAACUGAAUGUCUCACUUUGUAUUUUUGUUUGCUGACUAUGAUGCAGAGCUAAGUAUGCCGAGUUAAUAUUGGGCACUGUGACGCAAACCUCUUUGGAAGUGAGCAUCAUGAAAUAAUUUAAUAUCAACAGUUAGUAACAGCACUGGAACACCUUAAAGAGAGUUACAUAUAACGUAUUAUGUGCUGUUGGAUGACUGUAAAUUAGUCAGUAAGUCAAUGAGUAGCCUAACCACCCUCCCAGUCCUACCCAUCCAUGUGCUCUCAGAGCACAUCAGAGGCAUGGUGAUAUCCUCCAGCUUAACAGAACUUGAAGGCGGACUGUAUUGUAUUAUGCUUAAAUGCACCAUAAUAAAAUGCAACAUAAUUAUCAUGCUUAUUAUACAUACUUCAUGUACAUAAUGCUAUAUUCCUUUUAAAAACGUAAAUCAUCUACAAGUAUAACGCUUGUGAAUCUGAGCACUAGCUGAUGAUAUUAUGUCCUGAUUUAAGCAGAAUGUGUGUAUGUCUCCCUUCCCUUUGUCAGGUGGACUGGGUUCAGUGCGAUGGCGGCUGUGACGAGUGGUUCCACCAGGUGUGUGUGGGUGUGACCUGCGAGAUGGCUGAGAACGAGGACUACAUCUGCAUCGACUGCAACCGCAAGUCAGCCAUCUUGAGUGGGGGCGUAGUUGGAAGUGUGGGCAGAGGCAUGGGCAUAGGAGGAGGAGGGGUUACAGCAGUGGUGAAGGUGGAGCGUGUUUGUGAGGAGCCGGUGGUGCUGGACGCGCCAGUUUGCAGUGGGCUGAGCCAGAUCAUUAUGCCCCCCUCUAUAAUGAUGCCCCCCUCCCAGACCCAAAUGAUGCAGCAACAGAAGCAGCCAGAGACUCAGGAGAGCAGCUAGCGCAGACCCAGGACAGAGACCACAUGCACACACACAUCCACCCGGGAAGCUCGCAUCAGACCAUUUGAGUCUGGAUGACCCUGACCUGUUCAGACCGACAGAUUUCCCUCCUCUUGACUUACUGGGUAGAGGGGCUUCAAAUUAAGGGGUAUCCUCAAGACUGGAUGAUGAUACUCCCAUGAGAAUAAUGCUACAAAGAAACGAGACCUUCAGCUAAAAGCUUGUGGUCCUGUUUGAGGAGAGCGAUGUAUUUUCUGCAUCACAGACUAAAACUCCAGAUUACCUUUUUUCCCACUCUCCCUCUCCUCUUCUCUCAUGGGAACCAAUUGUUGAUGAGGAUUUGUUUUUCUCUAAUUCAGAACUGUUAAAGAAGGCCUUAUAAUGCAGAGCACACUGUGUGCACAGAGUAUCAAAGCGGUUUUUACUGCACAACUAGGAAUGACCAUGGGCCGUUUUGUGUGUUUCUUGAGUUUGAGUUUCGGGUCUGUAACGUCCUCUACCC